AUGGCGACCAUUGCUUCAACUUCAGCCAUGACGGUGGACGACAUGGAUGCAGCCGACCGAGCCUGGGCGAUCCAGGAGAACCGAUUUCGGGCUAGAGCACGGCUUCGCCUCCAGGCAAGGGCUCGCAAACCUCGGACGCCCCUGGUCAAGCUCACGAGCAGCACAGCUACGGCGACCGCAGCACAGCAAGCCAACUCGGAUGUGCCCUCUAUCGGACCCAAUGCCGACCUGCGUUCGGUGCCCGCCACUAGUCGGAAUGCCAAACUCGACUCUACUCAACGUAACGUGGUCGGCAGCAAGGGCAACGUCGCCCGCACACGCAGGGCUAACGAUGGCGAGAUUACACUGCAGCGAAACAAGGCGCUCGGUGACUAUAUCGAGUUUGAUCUUUCCAAACUUCACAACAGCAAAGGUGGUUUCCUGAUUGAUGACGAGGAUCCCUCCUCCUCGCGCAAGACCUUGGACGAGUUGCGCAAGGAAAAGGAACGCGAGAAACAGCGUAUGCGCGACUACGCCGAACCAGGCAUCUCGCUUGAUCUACAAGUACGGCCAACGUGCGAGAGCUGCGGCAGUCCGGAAAUCGUCGAUCACCCAUUCAAACGUGUCUUUGGCAUCUAUGUGUGUCGCAAAUGCGAGCGCGAGAAGCCCGAAAUCUACUCGCUCUUAACCAAAACAGAGGUCAAGGAAGACUACCUUCUGACCGACGCCGAACUCAAAGAUGAAGAGCUACUGCCGCACCUACUCAAGGCCAAUCCGCACAAGGCGACGUAUUCCAAUAUGAUGCUCUUCUGUCGUAAGCAGGUAGAGGUGUUUGCGUUUGGUCCUGGAAAGUGGGGCUCAGAAGAUGGCUUGGAUGCGGAAUUUGAGAGGAGAGAGGAGGAAAAGGCCAAGAAGAGGGGCAAAAAGUUUCAGCAAGGGCUGGCAGAUUUGAGGAAGCGAACGAGGGACAAUGUAUGGCAGAGAAGAAAGGACGACGAGCAUGUUCACGAGUGGGAGGAAGCUGACGAGAGGGGCAAGACGGUUCAAAGAUGUACACAGUGCGGAUACGCCGUCGAAGUCGAAGUGUUUUGA